AUGGCGAGCGAUGAACGCGAACAGCAGGCGCUGCAAAAGCGCCUGCUGGAGUGCCUGAAGCGACCGGAGAAUUUGACGUGCGCGGAGUGCGCGAUGCGACUGCCGCGAUGGGCGUCGACGUCGCUCGGAGUGUUCUUUUGCACCAACUGCAGCGGAUCGCAUCGCGGACUCGGGGUGCACAUAUCCAAGGUGAAGUCGACGACGCUGGACAAGUGGACCGAGGCGCAGGUGGCGCACAUGGAACGCGUCGGGAACGCCAAAGCGAACGCGUAUUGGGAGGCGAACGUGCGCGCAGGGGUGAAACCAGGAGCGACGAGCGGUCGGGAUGCGUGCGAGAGGUUCAUUAGGGAUAAGUACGAGCGACAGUUGUACAAGGAU